AUGGCGAAGGAAAUGAGGUCCGACUUGAAACCAUUUUCACUCUCUAAACACAAUAAUGUCAUUAUAAAGUUUGCAGUCUCAUUUUUCUUGGUGGGUCUUGCUUUUCGUUUAUUAAUCUCUGAUUCAUUCAGAUUCUCUUCAGUUGUUGAGACACCAGUCCCAGAUAAUGAAGAGACUAAACCAGAGCCUUUAGUGGCUUCUUUCCCUGUCGAAGAGCCAGUUUCUUACGAGUUUGCAGCUAAUGAAAGCAUAACUUCACAAACUGGGAAGUGUGAUUUGUUUAUUGGAGAUUGGGUACCGGACCCUUCGGGUCCAUUUUACACAAAUCAAAGUUGUCUUCAGAUUGAAGGUCAUCAAAAUUGUAUGAAAAAUGGAAGACCUGAUUCAGGGUACCUCCACUGGAGGUGGAAUCCGCGGGAGUGCAGUAUCCCCAAGUUUAAUCCUAAAAAAUUUCUUCGCCUGAUGAGGAAUAAAUCAUGGGCCUUUAUUGGUGAUUCCAUUUCGCGUAACCAUGUCCAGUCAUUGCUUUGCAUUCUUUCUCAGGUGGAGCAAGCAGUUGAGGUCUACCACGAUAAGGAAUACAGGUCGAAGAUAUGGCAGUUUCCAUCUCACAACUUCACCCUCUCAGUAAUUUGGACCCCAUUCCUUGUCCAAGCAGAUAUUUUUGAAGACAUGAACGGAGUUUCCUCUUCAGAAAUCCAGCUUCAUCUUGAUAAACUGGAUAAAAAAUGGACCGAUCAAUAUAGGAAUUUUGAUUAUGCUAUAAUUGCUGGAGGGAAAUGGUUCCUGAAAACCGCCAUAUACCAUGAGAACAACGUGGUUACAGGCUGUCAUUACUGCCGUGGAAAGAAUUUGACUGAGCUAGGGUUUGAUUAUGCAUAUCGCAAAGCAGUGCAGCUGAUUUUUAACUUCAUUACAAAUUCUGGUCAUAAAGCUCUUGCUUUCUUUAGAACAACUACGCCAGACCACUUUGAGAAUGGAGAAUGGUUUAGCGGGGGUACUUGUAAUAGAAAGGUACCCUUCAAAGAAGGUGAGGUUAAUAUGACUGAUGUCGACACAAUAAUGCGUAAUAUUGAACUGGAAGAAUUUGUGAAGGCUACAGCAUUAGGAUCUGAAAAGAGGGUGGUUUUGAAACUACUGGAUACGACUCGAUUAUCAUUGUUGAGACCAGAUGGGCACCCAGGACCAUACAGGCAGUUCCAGCCAUUCGCAAAGGAUAAGAAUGCUAAAGUUCAGAAUGAUUGCUUACAUUGGUGCUUGCCAGGGCCAAUAGACUCUUGGAAUGAUUUGGUGAUGGAGAUGAUAGUCAACGCUGGAAAAUAUCAAUGA